GUCUGACCGUUACGGCAGCCCCCGAUUUCAUCUCUAUAUAAAUUCGCCACCGGAACAAAAAAAUCCCCCUACUACCCCUCCGCCGGAUAAUGCCUCCCAAUCCCCCUAAAUCUUCCGCCGCCUCUCACCGGGUAACGCCUGCUGCCUCCGCCACCGCACCCCCGGGGGUUUUCAAGCGCAAGAUUCCCUCACGCGCUACCACAGUCCCCGAAGCGGUGGCGCGUUAUCACAACCACGCGAUCUCCUCCAACCAGUGCUGCUCCGCCGUCGUCCAAGACAUCGCUGCCCCUGUCUCCACUGUCUGGUCCGUCGUCCGCCGUUUCGACAACCCACAAGCGUACAAGCACUUUGUCAAGAGUUGCCACGUCAUCGUUGGAGACGGCAACGUCGGUAGCCUCCGUGAAGUCCACGUCAUUUCCGGUCUUCCAGCAGCAAACAGCACCGAACGACUGGAGAUUCUCGACGACGAACGCCAUAUUAUGAGCUUCAGCGUCAUCGGCGGCGAACAUCGGCUCGCUAACUACCGGUCUGUCACGACGCUCCACCCGGAAGGAGACGACACCGUCGUAGUGGAAUCGUACGUCGUCGAUAUUCCGCCGGGAAAUACGGAGGAGGAUACGUGCGUGUUCAUCGACACCAUCGUCCGAUGCAACCUCCAAUCGCUGACUCAGAUCGCCGAGAACUUAACCGGCCGGAACCGAGCGGCGCCGCCGUGAGCUGUCUUGUAAUCGUUUCUUUUUUCUUUUUGGUUAGCUGGAUAGAAUCGGUGAGAGGUCGUUUUGUUUGACGCUGAUUUUAAAAAUAAUGUUUUUUUAUAUAUCUAUAUAUAUUGUAUCAUGUUAAUUGAAUGUAUUAAGAACCAUUUUUCUUUUCUCGAA